GUUAAGGCAGAGGAUGUUGAGAAAACUGCAUUCAGAACGAGGUGGAGUGACCUCUAUGGAUCCAUUUCUUAAGAAAUUCUUCCCAGAGGUGUAUACCAAGAUGCAAGAAGACACCAAUAUUAGCAACUACUGGAUAUUUGAUAGCCAAUUGUUGACAUCAUUCACAUCAUCUCUCUAUGUGGCUGGUCUCUUUGCUUCUUUCUUCGCCUCAUCAAUCACUAAAGCCUUUGGGCGCAAGCCAUCAAUACUUGUUGGAGGGGUUGCAUUCCUUGCCGGUUCAGCUCUUGGUGGUGCAGCUUUCAAUGUGUAUAUGCUAAUACUUGGUCGCAUCUUGCUUGGUUUUGGGGUUGGCUUUGCAAACCAGUCAGUCCCACUAUAUCUCUCAGAAAUGGCUCCACCUAAACAUAGAGGUGCAAUCAACAAUGGAUUCCAAUUAAGCAUUGGAGUCGGUGUUCUGUUAGCGAACCUUAUUAAUUAUGGCACUCAAAAGAUCAAAGGCGGAUGGGGAUGGAGAAUCUCCCUAGCCAUGGCAGCAAUCCCUGCCUCAUUUAUAACUCUAGGAGCCCUUUUUCUUCCAGAGACACCUAACAGCCUAAUUCAGCUGAGCAACGAUCAUCAGAAGGCAAAGUUGAUGUUGCAAAAGGUCAGAGGCACUCAAGAUGUCCAAGUAGAACUUGAUGAUCUCAUAAAAGCAAAUGAGGUAUCAAAAACCAUCAAACACCCAUUCAAGAAAAUCAUGCAAAGAAAGUAUAGGCCUCAAUUUGUGAUGGCAAUAGAGAUUCCAUUCUUCCAACAAGUUACAGGAAUCAAUGUCAUUGGCUUCUAUGCCCCAGUGCUUUUUCGGACUAUAGGUCUAGGUGAAAGUGCAUCACUUAUGUCAACAGUUGUGACAGGGGGCUCAACCUUCAUGUCAAUGUUGAUAGUGGAUAAACUUGGCCGAAGAGUUUUGCUUACAAUUGGGGGAACACAAAUGCUAGUUUCACAAAUUGUCAUUGGGAGUAUAAUGGCAACUCAACUAGGGGAUCAUGGCACAAAUGGCACCAAAUUGUCGUGGGUAAAAAUUGAACCACCUUUGUUGUGGCAGUGA